UGAGUCGAACAAUUUCUUUCGUCAAAGUUCAGACCUUUGAGCUGCGACGCCAUGAUGAUAACCUGAAUUGCUCCGACAACAAGCGUCACACGUUGUCGCGGGGAACGGGAACAGUUCCAUUCGCGAACUCUGCAGAGGCACUGUCCCCUCCAUUCUGUUCUCGUUACCGGGUCUUCGACUCGGAACACGGCGAAGAUGAGAAUCGGUAUCACCGUGGCUUGAGAUCAAUGGUGAACGAAGCAAGCAGAGUUUGAGCAGCCUGGAUUGGUUUCCAAGUUUGACUAUUUGUCCAAGUAUAUGUGACACCAUGCAAGUCACCUCUCUGUCAUUGCCUCCCUUGCAGUUUCAAGUUGUUCAAUCAAAGAUCAAGGAUAAAAGCCAGAAACGCAAGAGCGAUCACUCUUCCAGUUAUGGAGUAUCAAGAAAACCACCUAAAGGAACCCGCCCGGUUAAACGCGAUCGAAAUGCUAUAAAACCGUUUUCUGAGGAGGAUGUAUUCCCUUCUUCGUUGCCGCUGCACACAAGAAACCCCCAUGCAAUUUACAAAGACAUCCAAAGAUUUGCAAGACAAAACAAGCUCAAAGAAGCACUCACCAUCUUGGACUACAUGGACCAACAAGGCAUUCCCAUCAAUGUCACCACUUUCUCUUCCCUUAUUGCUGCUUGUGUUCGAUCAAAAUCUUUAGCUGAAGGAAAGCAGAUUCAUGCACAUAUUAGAAUAAAUGGGCUUGAAAGCAAUGAGUUCUUGAGAACAAAGCUUGUCAACAUGUACACAUCUUGUGGUUCCAUUGAAGAUGCAAAAAGGAUUUUUGACACGUGCUGCGGCAAGACUGUUUAUCAGUACAAUGCAUUGAUCAGAGGUGCUGUUAUUUCUGGAAGGCGGCGUUUUCUUGAUGUCAUCUCUACUUUCUCAGAGAUGCGAGAGAUAGGUGUCGAGUGCAAUGAAUAUACUUUUUCUUCCAUGAUAAAAAGCUUCGCUGGUGCAUCAGCUCUUAAGCAGGGUUUGAGAACUCAUGCUCUUCUGAUAAAGAAUGGUUUUAUAGAUAGUAGCCUUUUGAGGACAAGUUUGAUUGACAUGUACUUUAAAUGUGGCAAAGUUAAGUUGGCUUGCCAAGCAUUUGACGAGAUGGAUGAGAGAGAUGUCGUUGUAUGGGGGGCAAUGAUUGCAGGUUUUGCACAUAAUAGAUUGCAAAUGGAAGCCAUAGAGUAUACGAAAAUCAUGAUAAGUGAAGGGAUUGCUCCAAAUUCAGUUAUAUUGACAACAAUUCUGCCUGUGAUUGGGGUGUUACAGGCGAGACGAUUGGGUAGGGAGGUUCAUGCCUAUGUGCUGAAGACAAGGAGUUACUCGAAGCAACUGUUCAUACAAUCUGGAUUGAUUGAUAUGUAUUGCAAGUGUGGUGACAUGGGAUCUGGAAGACAGGUAUUUUAUGGUUCAUCAGAGAGAAAUGCUAUUUCUUGGACAGCUCUAAUAUCGGGCUAUAUCUCAAACGGGAGGCUGGAGCAGGCCUUGAGAUCAAUUGUGUGGAUGCAGCAAGAAGGUUGCAGGCCUGAUAUUGUCACGAUUGCCACUGUUUUGCCGGUUUGUGCUCGGUUAAAGGACUUAAAACGUGGGAAGGAGAUUCAUGCUUAUGCUACGAAGAAUGGAUUUGUUGACAAUGUGUCCGUGAUUACUUCCUUGCUUGUGAUGUACUCAAAAUGCAGAAUCUUGAAUUAUUCAUUCAAGUUAUUUGAAGGUAUGCCUCAGAGAAAUGUGAUCUCCUGGACAGCAAUGAUUGACUCAUGUGCAGAGAGUGGGUUUCUCUAUGAGGCUCUGGAUGUAUUUAGAGCUAUGCAGUUGUCGAAGCAUAGGCCAGACUCUGUUGCACUGGCAAGGCUGUUGAAUGUUUGUGCUCAACUUAAAGAUUUGAAACUUGGGGAGGAGGUCCAUGGACAGGUUUUGAAGAAAAACUUUGAGACGAUCCCUUUUGUUUCUUCAGAAAUAAUGAAAAUGUAUGGAAGUUGCCAAUCAGUUCUUACUGCAAGGUCCGUAUUUAGUUCAAUCCCUGUCAAGGGUUCUAUGACUUGGACUGCCAUCAUUGAGGCAUAUGGAAUUAAUCACAUGUAUCGAGAUGCAAUUAAUCUUUUUGACGAGAUGAUAUCUGAGGGUUUUACUCCAAAUGAUUUCACUUUUCGGGCAGUACUAGACAUAUGCAACCAAGCUGGAUUUGCUGAUGAUGCUUAUCGAAUCUUUAACCGAAUGUCUGUGGACUAUAAAAUGAGGGCAUCUGGAGAAUCUUACACUUUAGUCAUUGGACUUCUGGAACGCAUGGGUCGCUUUGAGGAAUCUCAAAAGCUUAAAUGGAUGAGCACUUCAUUGUCAUGAUAUGAAGCUGAUUAACAUUAGCUAUAUAGAGAACAAGCAGAAGAAACGACGCAUGUUCUGUUGUUUCUCUCCUUGAAUUUUUUUAUAUGGCUACCAACUACUUACUGUUGUAAAGUUGUAUACGAUUUGUAUGGCUCUAUUGCGAUGCACUGUAAAGAUUAAAUAUUACAUGGCACUUGCCGCACAAAUAUUUGAGAGUUACUUUCUACAGGCAAAUGUUCUGGCAGCUGCUUUGUCAAACUUCAUCAUGAUGGUUGUAGAGGAAAAAUAAUAGAAUAUACUGAAAAUCCUGAAAGUCAUUGUCUAUUCAA